AGAGCUCAAGCGGUGCGUUCAAGAUAGGUUGUUUCCCAUUCGGCACGCGCGGCAAUGACUGAUGCGAGGCGGUAUAUCUUGGACAAGACGGAAGACUGAUGCAACGAUCAAUCGGGCCAGUAGGUGGAAUCGCGGGUGGCCUCGAAGGAACAGAGUGGUGGACGACAGGCAACCUGCAUGCCCCCCCGAAAGGACCCGUCGGGGGUGGACCCCGCCGGCUUCGAGCACUACGUGGAGCUCCUGCGGCAGGGCUCCGCAGGCACCUUGCGCGUGGCCGCCGCGUCUCGGGUGCUGCAGCGUGAGGCGCACAGGGCGCACUUACUCGCCAAGGCCGCGAUCGGUGCAGGGUACUCGAUCUUGGACGACCCGGCUCGUCUCUACAGCGACUUCCGCCCGACGGUGGUCCCGGCACCCAAGCUAAAAGCCGCUAUCAAGGAUCCAGAGGAGGUGGCCAGCGACGAGCCAGAUGCGGCCGUUCCGGACGGGCCGCUGGGCGGCCCCGCUCCCGAAGGGGCCGACGGCGGCAACGGUCCCAGCGCGCCCGCGAAGGGCGGCGGCGGGAAGGCGGACGCGGGCGCUGGCCCAGAGCCGGCCAAGGCUGGCGGCAAGGAGAAGGCGGCGUCCAGUAAAAAGCCAGCGGCAAAGUCCGGCAAAAAGCCAGCGGCAAAGACGGGUAAAAAGACAGCGUCGAAGACGGGCAACAAGCCAGCGGCAAAGACAGGCGGCGCCAAGGCGGGUGCUGGAGGUGCCGGAGGUGUUGGAGGUGUUGGAGGCGAAGAAAAGGCUGGGCCGCCUCCCGAGAAGCCGACCUGGCAGGACGCGAUGGCACAGAGCCGGUGCGGCUGGGACAAGCGACUGAAGCUGUUGCGGAUGAAGGAGCGCGAGAUCGCGGAGGAGAAGGAGGAGGGGCGCGUCAGCCCCGACCCCAAGAAAUUGGAGGACGUGGAGAGGCUCACGAAAGAGCUCUCCGAUGACGAGCGGAGGCCGAUGGCGGAUCCCUGCGGGGAGAAGACAGAGGAGGAGCUCGAGGAGGCGUGGCGGGCGACCUUCGACGAGAGGGCGGCGAAGGUUGCUGUGCAUCUUCGGGGGGCCUUUUCUGUCCUGUCGAUGGCAGUCUUUUUUCUUGUACUCCGUCGUGGGUUCGACGUGGAUUCGACACGGAUUCGACGCAGAUCGCGGCGCGAAGGGACAGACGAGGCCCCUCGAAGAUGCAGCACAACGAAGGAGGCGCUGGAGGAGGGCGGCGGCAGCGCCACCCCCGCGGCGGCGGCAGCGGCGCCGCGCGUUGCGGUGGCCUGCGCGGCCGAGCCUGGAGGUCUGGCACCUGUCGGGGCCGCUGCUUCGCACCUGCAGGACCUCAGUACGUCGCCGGCCUGCGCAAGUCGACGAGGACGGCGUGCGAGGGCGUGCCUUCGCCAGCGGUACGCGCUGUUCCUGUAGGCCACGUCCUGCCAGUCGCAGCCUGAGAUCCCGCGGGAGCGGGCAGCGGCCAGACUGCCGGCGCGUCGCGCUCGCGGAGGCGCAGACUUGAAAAAAGGCAAAAGCUUGGCCUCGUUCGGGCGCGCGAGCGAUGGCAGGCAGGUCGGCGAGACUGGGCACCUCCUGGCGUUCCGGG